AUGGUGCAUAUUAUUGAGAAUCCACCAAUUCCACUUGCCACGCCAAUUUACGAGGGAAUGAAAGCACAUUCCUCUGUUGAAAUUCAUGGAGAUGUAUUCCAAGGACCACAAGGUGGUUUCACUGUCGAAUUCCCGACAAAAAAUGGAGUUGCUCUUCACAUUUCUGUUCGAAUGGGUUCUUAUGGACAGAAUGUGAUCGUAUUCAAUCAUCUUGCGAGAGGAAGAUGGCAUCGUGAGGAGCAUCAUCACAAUAAUAUUGUAUUCGGACGUCCAUUUUGUAUGAAAAUUCACAAUGAGCAUCAUAAAUAUUCGGUCCAUGUGGAUGGUCAUCACAUCGGUCACUAUCAUCAUCACAAGUGUCCAAAGAAGAUCGUUGCUUUGACUGUUCGUGGAGAUAUUCGCGUUGGAAAGAUUCAUUUUGAGAACUUCAAACAUCACAAUGGAGGAGGAACAGAAGUAGUGAUGCCAGUGGCUGUUACCCCAACUCCAGUCGUUGUUGCACAAGCUCCACCACCAAUUAUGGUUCCACCUCCACAAAUGGUUGUACAGCCAAUGAUGCAGCCGAUGAUGCAGCCAAUGGUACAACCAAUGUAUCCAAAUAUUCAGCCAAUUGUCUAUCCAACUGCAACACCUGUUAUUUACACACAACCUGAAGUUAUUUACAUGGAUGGAUAUCAUCAUCAUCAUCGUCAUCAUUGUUAA